AUGUGUGAGAUAAAGCUGGAAAAAACACUGUUAGCACAAAUCAGACUUGAAAACAAAACAAAAAACAAGCCCGAAAAUUCAGUGGAUCUGAUAAAGCUAGAGAGCAGGCGCCAGUCCCUGGGGACAUGGAUGGCCAAAAAAUAUCCCCCAGAGCCCAAAGUUAGAGGCGCCAGUCCCUGGGAACAUGGAUGGCCAAAAAAUUAUCCCCCAGAGCCCAAAGUGAGAGGCGCCAGUCCCUGGGGACAUGGAUGGCCACAAAAAUAUCCCCCAGAGCCCAAAGUGAGAGGCGCCAAUCCCUGGGGACAUGGAUGGCCAAAGUGGGAGGCGCCAGUCCCUGGGGACAUGGAUGGCCAAGAAUAUAUCUAA